UAGUUUGAACAAGUGGUAAACCGGCAAAAUGGUAGAAUGGCUGCGACAUUGACUGAUAAUGUUUUAGAAGUUAUAUUUUCAUAUUUAGAUUUGCAUGAUCUUAGGAAUUGUUCACUUGUGUGUAAACGGUGGUAUGUGUUUCUGAUUGAUGAAAAUAAUGAUGUGUGGCGGUUACAUUGUAUAAGAAAACUGGCUGAAGAAGCGUUGAAAUCAGACUUGCUCUCAUCUGUACCAACCUAUAAAGCAAAACUCAAAGCAUUUUAUCAUGCUUGGAAUCCAAACGAUUGUUCCAGGAAUGUGUAUAUUAAACCUAAUGGUUUUACUCUCCACAGAAAUCCUGUAGCUCAAAGUACUGACGCCUCCAGAGGCAAAAUAGGGUUUAGACAUGGACGACAUGCUUGGGAGGUGAUAUGGGAGGGACCUUUAGGAACUGUGGCAGUGAUAGGGAUAUCUACAAAAGAAGCGCUACUCCAGUGUCAUGGAUAUGUUGCCUUAUUAGGAUCUGAUGAUCAAAGUUGGGGCUGGAAUCUAGUUGACAAUCACCUUUUACAUAAUGGGGACUCAAGAGGAAACUAUCCGUUGUUGAACAAUGCACCCAAGUACCAGGUUGGAGAAAGAAUCCGUGUGAUUUUAGACUGUGAUGACAAUACCUUAUCAUUUGAGAAGAAUUAUGAGUUUCUAGGAGUAGCUUUCAGAGGAUUACCGGAUAAACGGCUGUACCCUGCUGUCUCAGCAGUCUAUGGAAAUACAGAAGUGUCGAUGGUUUACCUUGGGCCUCCUUUAGAUGGCUAACAUCAAAUACUUCUAGUCAAAAAUUGUGGGUGUUCAUCACAAAACAGUUCGGUCAAGCUUCCCAGCUCGUGUGUGAGUGAGGUGUCUUUAAUUAGAUUUGUCAUUAAGCAGAUUUAUCGUGUCCAUUCACUCGAAAAGUUUUAAUAAGUUAAUUUUUGCAAGUACAGUAAUAUUCUGUAUUCCAAACUACAACAUUUAUUCCAUCAACUUUAAAACCAAUAUCUGGAUCAUUCCUUUACAAAAAUCAUCAAUCAUAUCAUCUAAUUGAUUUUACAAUAAGUUUUGAAUGGUGCAUACUAUAAAGGGGUUUCCUUUCCAAUGACUUCAAUUAUGUAGUGUUGGGGUAACCCAUUGUUGAACAUGAUAAUUGUAAAUAAUACAAUGUAUAAAAAACAUAAUUAUUGUAAAUAUUGAAAUUUUAUAACAUAACUUACAUUCUAAUAAUAUAUUUUUAUAGUGUAAAUAAGUAUUUCUGUAGAUAGAAUUGUACAUUUUUCUUUAUUAUGAGCCACUUGAAAAUUGAGUAAUCACUUCCAAAUGUAUCUGUAGACAAUGUAUCUGUCAGGUACGGUACUUAAAUAUACGCGUAUUUAUUCAGAUUGAAUUGUUUACAUUUUAAAUACAUGUAUUACAUUGACCAUUGAUAAACCAAAUUUUAUUGUAAGUUUAUUUAAGUUAAAAUAAAGUUAUCUUGUUCUAGUCUUUUUCAAGUUUGUUAUGAACCGUAUUCGGUUGUUAUCAGCUCUAAACUAUUUAUCAAGACUGAUAGCAAAAUAUUAUUAAAUGCAAAAUAGUGUAAAACUAGUUGAUUAUUAUACCUAGUAUGAAGUGUGUGAAUCCCCACUUAUAGAAAAGGCUAAUUAGCUGAAAGCACUUGCAAUUUAAGUAUAAUUAUUUAUUUAGAUCUAGAGCGAACUCAGUCCUUGGAUUUUAUUCUUUGUAAGAUCUAAAUCGACUAAGAACAUCAUUUUUCAUCAAUGAAUUGGUAAUUCUAUCAAUGAUGUUAGCUCUUUACACCCAAUAUUCUUCCUACCAUUUAUAGAGAAUAAUUUCAGUUUAUUACGAACCGUAUUCCACCAUGCUGUGUCGGUAUGUCAUUAUAUAAUUAUUAUUAUUUUAGUUGGAAUGGUCGGCAGUAAAAUGAAGCUGAUUCAAUAAAUGACUGGUCCUUGCAUGCAAGGAGAAUAGAAAAUAUGGAAAUGUACACUAACGUUUCAAUUGUCUCCACGCAUUAAAUUUGGCUAAAGUAAGAUGGCUGUCAAUCACUAUAAUUCGACCUAUUAUUAUUCUAUAAUUAAGCUCUAUUUUGUCGGCCAAGUCUGCUAUUACUGCGGUAGUUUCAAAUUCAGUCCUUAGUCUAUAUUAUUUAUUGAUAGGAUUUCCAUCGAUUUCUAUCAAUACCUGCAUACCAUAAGAUGUCUUAAGUUGCAUUAAUUAAUCUCAAUCACAAUAGUCGAGCUGAUUUGAUGAAUGUUGACUUCCUACUGUCAAACUUUAGGCACACAUUCUAUACUCCAUUCUAUACUCCUUAGGUCUUGGUUAUUCUUUAAGAAGAAAUUCUUUUUCACUUGUAUUCGCGACUAUUGAUGUAUUGAAUUAUUAUUUCCAUUACAAAGUGUUGAGUAAAUUUUCAAUAAGCCAAUUUUAUGAAAUAUGGGACUUCAAUAUGGCAUUUGUGCAAUUAAUUAUACUGUCGCAGAAGUUAUUUCAAAAAAUAAAACUGGCAAGAACUCAUAUAAACUUCGAUAAGCUCCAUUUUCUUGAAAACAAACAAUCGCCCAUAAACGUUUUAAUUUUACUGUCUAGUUUCCAGUCCAGCAAUCUUUUUCUUCAUAUUUUCUUCCUCAUUUUCUUAUUGAACAUACCAUCUCUUCUGCGUUCUACCAUCUACCCUUCCUCCUUCUAGCUUCUAGCUUAUUUACCUUCUAGCUUAUUACUUUUUCUGGUAAACAUUACACAAUGAUCUCCUCCAAGCAAUCAUCUAUCUUAUUGAUUUCAGAAUAAAUAGAACAAUCUUCCUUUCCGCUAUUCGAAAUAUUCUGCAAUUUUUUUUAGCGAUUUUCUACAUUUCAUAUCAUUGUUUCAAUAAUAAAUGGUAAAAUAUGCUCGGUUUUGUGCUUAUAUUUUUUAAAUGAGUCAUUUUCACAGCUAAUUCUAACGAAUGUAUCUGAGAUAUUCUGCUACAAUAUUAAUAUGUUCAAUAACUAUUCAUAUUUGAGGUGCACGCCUUGAUUUUCAUGGAGAUGUGUUCAGUUCAAUCCUUCCGCCUUUAUUUGCAAUGAUGACCUAAAAUGGCUUUGUGUGUGGAUCAUGUGAAAGUAUUAUAUUGGCUCAACGUCGCCCUCAACAAAGUCUAUCUGCAUCAACCCAAUAUAGUUUUGAAAAAUCUCAAAAUCUCACUGCACAGCAUGGAAGCUCUUGUUAAACUCUGCUAGUAAUAAUGUAUUAAACAAUUUCAGUUCUAUGAGAAGAGAACCUUGUAAAUGUCAUGCAUUGAAACAUUUUUGUUAUUGAUUUGUUUGUAAAGUGUGUGAGAAGCUUUUGUGAAACUAAUAAUUGCUUGAAAACCUAUUCAAAAAAGAAAAUGAAUAGUUUUAUUUAUCAUUGAAAAGUCUUUCUUGAAAUGUUGUGUAUUUGGAAAUAAAUUGAUCUCAUUAGGUCUGAAA